AUGACCAAUGGUGCUUGUAUACAAUUUCCCAUUGAAAUGAGUCUGCCAUGGAUAUUCACAGAUCAUAUAUUAGAGACAGAACAUCCUGGGUACAUGGAAUAUCUUCUGUAUAUGCUUGAUCUUUACAACGAUGCUGCUGAGUGUGCAUUAAAUCGAUUUCGUCGAAGAUUCCUCUAUGAAGAAAUAGAAGCUGAAGCAAAUUUAGUCUUUGAUCAGUUAGUCUAUAAACUGGGUGAUAAAGUAUUCAGACAUUAUAAGCGUUAUGCCGCAUCAAUUCUACUAGAUAAACGUUUUAGAGCUGAGGCUCAACGUACGGCUUCAUGGCGUGAACCGUACCCACCGCCGAAUCGUUAUACUGCAGCUCUACUACGACAGAAAAAUAUUCAAUUACUUGGUCGUUCUAUAGAUCUUAAUCGGUUGAUAUGUCAGCGAAUGAACACGGCGAUAUACAAAUCAAUUGAAGUUGCUAUUUCACGUUUUCACAGUUCAGAUAUAACUGGGAUAAUCGUAAGUUUGUCACUGAUAUCAACAUUAUUACUACGAUUAUUACAUAUCUUAGCCUUUGAUUAG